GGCACCCUGGGCUGUUCAGGUAGUAAGUCGAAUUGGAAAAAGUUUGAUUACCAAUUUCGAGUCCUAACUUCAUCAUCCCAAUUUGAAUUCCGGAGGUGUCACAUAUUCACCGUGAUUCGCUUGAAAGGUUUUGUUCGACAACCUCAACAAGCCUGUAUACAUGCUGUUCUGCCCGACAUGCGCUAAUAUGCUCGUGAUAUCCUCUGAAACAGGGUACAAUAAAUGGGCAUGCAACUCGUGUCCAUACGAAUUCCCGAUCUCGAAGCAGAUGACUUCCCGCUCGCGUAUGAAGCGCAAGGAAGCAGAUGAUGUGCUCGGAGGAGAAGAGACGUGGCGAGAUGCUGAUUCUACUGCAAUCACUUGUGACAAGUGUGGUCAUCCCCGUGCAUAUUUCUAUCAGUUACAGAUCCGAUCUGCGGAUGAGCCCAUGACGACAUUUUACAGAUGUGCCGGAUGCGCUGUUCAAUGGCGCGAAAAUUAAUCAUUUCUUUUUCAAAAAAAGGGUGCCGAGAUGCUUACUGGCGCUUUACGGCUCUUGAUGUGUACACCAAAAUGUUCUGACAUCAUCAGUGACGUCGGAGCCCUCACUCCCAUCUUUGAUAUCAUGUCCUGUUCACGGGUGUGUACUAUGUCACAAAGUUUCAAUCUAGCCCGUUUACCACACACAUGAGCUUGCAAAUAGCAGUGUGAGGAUUUACCCCCAGCUCCGAAUUAUUGCGCCCGGGACCUCAGUACGGCUUUGUGCUCGAUUCAUCCCAGGCUGUUCAUGCUAUGCUCGCUCACCACGAGCCC